UAAUUAUCAUCAAAAUCAGGAUGCUUGAAUAAUCACGAGUUUAUUUAUGUUUUAAUGAUUACCCGUGAAAUCAUUAUUAAUAAUGCUAUUACAAUAUUCCCCUUUCUUUAUCUCCUCUUAUGCUGAGUUUUGUCUACCUACAUUUUUUACUCUUAACUUAUCAAUACAAGAUUCAUUGACGUAUACUUGAUUGGUCAAUCACCAUUGAAUUGAUUCGACUUUAGCUUCUUGUUAAAUUGGACUUACUGGUGGAAACAUUCAAGCCUAUCUGGAAGUAAACAAGAGUGAAUUGACUUAUAACUGGAUAAAGACAAUGUGAUGAGACAUGGCGAUGGGAUAUCGUACUUAUUAUUCAGAUUGUAGCUGAUCGUGUUUAUUAAGAGAUAACUAUUGUUGAUCACCAUUAAACAAUGGGAUUAUCGUUGGAAAUGACGGAACGAGAAUAAGCUUGAAAAUGGCUUGAACAUGUUUUUUAUCUUAUGGAUAUCAAGUUGAGGUUAAUGCAAGCCAGGAUUGGUAAUGAAGAAAUUAAAUUAUGCUUUAGGUUAGAGCCUACAGUCAUUUUAACAUAAUAUCUUGUCACAUGGUUUUCAGACUGAUUGGAUAAUCGAGUGAUUAGCUUCGAAGGAUAUGGGAAAAGUGGAAAUAUAAUCUGUUCGAUUAACCAAAUCUAGCCUUUCUCAACUAUCAACCAUUUUCAUGUUCUUCUACUCGCAUCUAUUCAAGUUUUGACUCUUAUGACGAGUCUUUUUUUAUCGUCAAGCCUUUCAUUAUUGUAUUACAACUAUCAUUGUGAUCAUUACGAUGGAGUCAACUGUAAAUACAUGAAACAAGCUGAUGAUGAAUCAACCUGAAUUAAUAGGGCGAAAUUAAUUAUUUACCCUUAAUCAAGGGCAAUUGUAAGCUAAUAUUUCGAUUAUUUGUUGUUGUGCCUUCAUACACAUGCCUUCAAUGUGCUUCUGCCUCUUUAAUUCAAAUCAUGAUUAGUGAAGGUCACCUUUUGAGAUAUUAAUCGUCACUGACUUCACCAGAAACUACUUGCUGUGUUUUAAGUAAUUAUCUUCAUGAUGGCUCCACAGAUGACUAUAAUCAGACUGUAAUUCUGACUCUCUCCACAACACAAACAUCAACAAAAUUAACCUUCCUAUAAAUUUAAUUCAUGUAAACACCAGUUUACCAGUAACAUGUGAUAAAACCGGAUAAUAAACCCAAUAGAUCCAAGUAUGAUUCAAACAAUCGACAAUUUACUCUUUCAAAAUUAACCACAAAAUAUCUACCAGUGAAAUUAAUCAGUCAAAUUGCGAAAAGGGAAUGAGUUUUUCUGGUUAAUGGGCAAUUCAGUUCUAUUAGAAAUAUUAAACACUAUUAAGAUAACAUCAUCAUUGAAAAAAAAACUGAACAACCUUGAAAGGCUAAAGACCCGAAUGAUAAAGUUAAUUAUUUAGUUUACCAUCUUAAUCAGUUGUCUUGAUAAAUAAGCAAACAUCAAACAGAAAUAGAUUGAUAUUUGAAAAUGUUUCUCGUUUCUUCCAUUGCGUUUACUCUUACAUGUGAACCUUAAAAUCAUGUUUCAUUGACUCAUUAAUUCCAUGGCUCGAUCAAUUUUCCCUGAAAUCAAAGAUUCCUUUUAUGACCAACUUGUGAAGUAUCAAAUUUCCCGAUAAAAAUCAACAAUUGUCAUUGUCUUUACCCAAUAUUACCAGUUUCUGGUUAAAAUAUUUUUCCUUGUAAACCAGACCAAAGAUACUGAUCAAGAUGAUCUCGUCUUAUCAUUAAUUUUGAUCAUAUUCAUGGUUAUACUUUAAUAAUGUGACUAAUGGAAACGUCAAAGUCAAACCUUUAUUAUUACAAUAACAAAAAAGCGGUUGCCUGUUGAAAUUAACAACAUCCAACCAAAUUAGUCUUUAAUCUAACCAAUUCCAGCUAAAAUCAUUAGACAUUGAACACCUAACUGUUGGCUUUAAUAUGUAGCUGGCAACAAUUGUUAUAUCUUUGGGUUGUGAUGGUUGAUUUAGUUAAAUUGUGGGAUUAAAAUGAAAUGAGUUUCACUGUGCGACUGUGUGAUUUAGAUGAAAUUGUGGGUAAAUUGUAUCAUUGUUUCUCAUUACAGAUUCAACUACAAUUGGAUACAAAUCAAUAAAAUGUGUUGAAUGUGUAACUACCAAAGUUAGAUGUUAAUGUUAAAUCAUUUACAAUAUUCAACCAGUAAACAGUGAUUAAGUUGAAAUGCAUUAGUCUAGUAAUGAUCCUUAAAAGGUUAAAUAGCCAUUGGUAAGUUAUUAAAUGAGCAAAAGCUUCCUUAUUGAUGUUACAAUACAAAAAUGAAGCGAUAAAAUUACCAUUUAAAGUGUAAUUCGAGCAAAUUUAAAGAUCAUUAUUGAUAUAAAUGUUAAUUUUACCACAUUUAAAGUAAAAAAUAAAACAAUCUUUGGAUUCCAAUUUCAUCUAUAAAUAUCACUUUUACGUAAGCUCAAUUGUAAGUUUCAUUUUAUCAGAUUACUUCAAAUUGGCCCUUAAUUGUGAUCAUUUAACCUUUCAAUAGAAAGAUUUUUAGACUUUUCAAAAUUAAUCAUUAAAUUUAAAAGCUGAUGAAAGUAAUCAUGUAAUUAUCAUCAACAAGUGUCCAACAGUUAAAGGUUUUCAAAAAAACAUGUAAUUGCUCAUCAUUAUGCUGUAUUCAAUUUCACAACCAAAACCAAAUUAAUAUGUAAAUAAUGAUGUAAUUAGGAGACAAUUUAAAUUACACACAAUUAGAGAGGUUAUUUGUCAACUACAAGACUAUGAGUUGUUAGGAAUUGUCUUAAACUAUCAUCAAAAUGGAGUUUUCAUGAAUUGAUAACUUGGGAAUCAUCGACUGCGAUUGAAGGCUUCACGAUUUCAAUCAACUCUAAGCUCAAUCGGCUCAAUUUUCUUGAUUUAUGGCAACAUAAUCAAUUAGCAUUCAGAAUUAAUUAAACUAGAAAACAAUUGUAGUGAAAAAAUAUGUUCAUAUUGCUUCAAUUCUUUAUGAAUUAAUUUAACAAUCAAGUGGUUUUAAUUUAUUAUUAGCGUAAUCGUCUCCAUUCUGUUUGUUUGGCCUUUAUUCAACUUUGUUUGUGAGGUAUAAUUGUCCAUUUAAAGAUCAGAUCAGAUCAGUCAUAUAAGAAGGAAUCAAAUUGAUCAACAAUUUUGAUCAAGAUUCUAAGGCUAUUCAACUUUCCCUCGCUACUGAGACUCAUCUCGAUUGGACGUUGCCAAUGACAAUGCUGCUCAACAACAAUUAUUCAUCGUUCAUAUUUGUUUUUGCAACUCUUUUGUAUUCUUGUUCAGCUGCUUUUAAUCAAUCUGAUUGUAAUUGUAGGAUCAAUCCUGCUGAAGAUACUUUCAAAAUUGUAAAUGGCACUGAAUUUUAUCCACAUAAAUAUCCUUGGUUGGUGUCACUACAAAUUGAACGAUCCGCUGGAGACUAUGCUCAUAACUGUGGUGGGUCAAUACUUAAUGAUCAAUGGAUUGUAACUGCUGGUCAUUGUUUUUUCGCGAAUUUAACUCGUCUAUCAGUAUUAGUUGGAGCUCAUGAUUUGGCCACUUCGGGUAGACGGUACAAAGUAGCUCAAUUUAUUCAACACCCUGACUACAAUACUUCUCCAGUUGUUCGUAAUGAUAUCGCCUUGAUUCAAUUAGCUGAACCAAUCCCCAGUUUUAGCAGAAAUGUUCAACCUGCCUGUUUAAUAUCUCGUAACAUUUAUUUUACAUCCAAUGAUUUGUACGUUGCGGGCUGGGGAGUUACAGAUACGGAGGAAAAUGAGACAACCGAAAGACCGCUGGAAUUACAAAUGGACCAUGUUAACUUUUUGAGCUGUACAAUUUCAUGGUUCGGUUUAUUAUCUUAUCGGGCUCAUAUUUGUGCUCGAGCAAAUCGUGCAAGCCCAUGUUUUGGUGAUUCAGGGGGACCUUUAAUGGUUGAAUCUCAAGAAAGGAUUAAGCUGUAUGUAAUUGGUCUUGUUUCAUUUGGUAAUGCGUGUACUGAUGAAAUGCCAACUGUGUUUACACGAGUUACUUCAUACCUGAAUUGGAUUGAAUCGAUUGUUAAAAGUUACUGCAAAGCCGAUGGUCAAGAUAUCAAUGCAUAUCCGAGAUGAUCAAUCUAGAUAUUUCCUAUUAUUAGGUUUACAUUUGAGUUUGUUAGCAAGUUGCUAUAAUUGCUUGCCUGUUAUAAUCUGCAACUAUCAAAUGUAAAUCAAACUACACUGUGAUUGUGGAACUUGUUCAUAAGUUGAAACAAUCAUGAAGAUGCCAUAU